AUGUCGGCCUCGGAAGAAAACGUCGUUCCCAAGUCAAUGCCAUCUCCCAUGGAGAAAGUGGUCACUAAAUCACCCACUCUCAGCGAGGAGACUCUCGCCGAUGGCACUGUCGAGGAGAAGUACCACUAUCGGGCUAGCUCGAUGGGCUCCACGAUUAUCCAGACACCCCCGGCGCAGCCAACAGAUCUCGAGGCUCAGGCCAUUCAAGGCAGACCCAAGCGACUUGCUAACUUGCGGUAUGCCACCAUGACUCUCUAUCGCCGCCUGUUCUCGGUGGUGAUCUUGGCCAAUAUAGGCGUCUUCGCCUGGGUCAUGGUCGCAGACCGCAAGCUCGUCGCAUUGGUAAAUGCCACCGCCGCCAAUUUGCUCGCCUGUGGCCUCGCGCGCCAGCCACUUGUGGUCAAUGCCAUCUUCUUCAUUGUGUGUUGCAUUCCUCGGUCUGCGCCGUUUCCUUUGCGCCGAUGGGCAGCCAAGGCCUACCACUAUGGUGGCGUGCAUAGCGGCUGCGGGAUCGCAGCCUUGGUGUGGUACCUUGGUUUCAUUGGCUUGAUGUCGCAACAGUACUGGACACCGUCUGCACCGACAGCUGCAGGCGCUGCAGGCGCUGCAACUGUCAGCUUUUCAGCCGCCCCGGUUAUACUGGCUUACAUCGUUCUCGUGCUGUUGGUGGCGAUCCCGGUUGUGGCACACCCCACGUUUCGGGCAAAGCGGCACGAUUAUUUCGAACUCACCCACCGUUUCUCGGGGUGGCUGGUCGUAGCACUGUUCGUUGCGCUACUGUUGGUCUUUUCGCAUGAGAUCAGCCAAGCCGAGGGGGUCUCAUUGGGCCGUUUCCUCGUCUCGCUUCCUGCUUUUUGGUUCCUGGUGGUGACUGUGGCGGCCAUCGUUCAUCCAUGGUUGCUGUUGCGCAAGGUGCCGGUGCGGGCCGAAGUCCUCUCCACCCAUGCUGUGAGGCUGCACUUCAAUUAUCGUCCCACCACUUUCGUGUCCAAGGCCGGCGACUGGACUGCUGAUUGCAUCCAGAACCCGCCCACCCAUCUCUGGAAGCGUGGGGUGCGCAUUACUGGCUUUGCAUAUGCCAUGCGUGUCUUCCGACGAAUCAUUGUCGUCACAACGGGCUCUGGCAUUGGACCUUGUCUGUCGUUCUUGGGUGACGACAACCGACCGGCCCUCCGGGUGGUCUGGCAAACUCGCGCACCACUCAAGACAUACGGUCAGGAUGUGUUGGACAUGGUGCACCAGAUGGAUCCCAGUCCGAUAGUCAUGGACACCAACGAGUGUGGGCGUAUCGACAUGGUCCCGAUGGUGCAGCGUCAGGUCAAGCAAUUCGAGGCCGAAGCGGUGUGCGUGAUCAGUAACCCCAUGCUGACGCGCCGAAUUGUGUAUGAGCUCGAAGCGCGCGGGAUCCCAGCAUAUGGUCCGAUUUUCGAUUCUUGA